AUGGCUCUGAUUGUGGAUAUUGUGCGAUCGGUCUUGUGCACUUCAUGGCUUAACCUUUUGCUUGUCUUUGUGCCCAUCGGCUAUGUGGCCUAUUUUGUCAACAUCAAUUCUACCCUCAUCUUCAUCUUCAACGCUCUCGCUAUUGUGCCUUUAUCUUCCCUACUUACGGAUGUCACGGAGAAGAUUGCCAGCGAUGCCGGCGACACGGUUGGCGCUAUUCUCAACAUCAGCCUCGGCAACCUCGUCGAGCUGAUCUUAUUUGUUGCCCUUAAGAAUGACCAGAUCCGCGUCGUCCAGGCGUCUAUUCUCGGAUCUAUCCUUGUAAACUUGCUUCUGAUUCUCGGGUCUGCGCUUCUUACAACAAAGCUUCCUGACCAGGAGUUUAUGCACGAUGCUGCUGGCACGCAACUUCUCGGAUCCCUUCUCUUUGUAUCGGUCUUUACCUUUCUUAUGCCUACUGCUUUCGACCACACCUUCAAAGGAACCGAGGGCGCCGAGAGCAUGAGUCUCAAGAUGAGCAGGAUAUCUGCCGUCAUGAUUCUGCUCAUUUACAUCCUAUACUUCUUCCACGAAAUCAAGUCUCGAACCCCACCCCACGACGUCGAAGCCAUACCCCACGAUGAAGAAAACGACGAUGCCACGCUAUUCGACCACGACCACAUCCUCCGAGACAGCCACGUCAAUCUCGACCGCAUUGUUGCCAAACCGAAACAUGUCUCGUUCGGAGCCAGGACGGAUCGCAUCAUCUCCUAUGUGAUGCUCAUCCUGACCUCGACCUUCAUGUCCGUCUCGGCCGAGUUUCUGGCCAGCGCCAUCGACGAUGUGAUUCGCCAGGGUCAUCUUUCCGAGUCUCUGAUUGGUCUCAUCAUCAUGCCCAUCGUCGGCAACGUCGCCGAAUACGCAACUGUGGUUGUUGUCGCUGCCAGAGACAACAUGGGACUUGCGCUGGCAGUUUCAGUUGGCUCAUCUAUCCAAAUUGCGCUUUGCGUGACUCCUUUGACGGUCAUUGCGGGCUGGAUCAUGGACCGUCCGCUGAUGCUGACAUUCAAUCUCUUUGAGAUUGCCACUCUGUUUGGAUCGGUUCUGUUGGUGAACUUUUUGAUUCUUGGUGAGGGAGUGAGUGGCCCGCUGCGAUCCAGUGGCCUGAAGGGCGGAUUAAUGUGUGCAUGCUAUGUGAUAAUCGGGUGA